GCACAGCGGGCAGCAUGCCGCUCCUGCCCAGCCUCUCCCCCGUCACCUGGCUGCUCCUUGCCGCCUUCCUGUGCCUCGUGGCCCUCUACGGGAUAUGGCCCUACCAGACCUUCAAGAAGCUGGGCAUUCCUGGCCCACGGCCCCUGCCAUUUGUGGGAACUUUCCUGGAGUACCGACAUGGAGUCCACAAUUUUGACCAGAAAUGCUUUGAAAAGUAUGGAAAAAUCUGGGGGUUUUAUGAUGGCAGGCAGCCUGUGCUGGCUGUUUUGGACCCCAUCCUCAUCAAAAACAUCCUGGUGAAAGAGUGCUACAACAUUUUUACUAAUCGCCGGAACUUUCGUCUGAACGGGAUCCUGGAGUCAGCUCUCAAUGUGGCUGAAGACGAGCAGUGGAAAAGGAUUAGUGUAGUGCUGUCUCCAGCCUUCACCAGUGGGAAGCUGAAAGAGAUGUUCCAUAUCAUUAAUCACCAUGGUGGAAAAUUAGUGAAAAAUAUUGAGAAGAAGGUGGCUAAUGAUGAGUUUGUGACUGCAAAGGACAUUUUUGGAGCUUACAGCAUGGAUGUGGUGACCAGCACUUCUUUCAGUGUCAAUGUUGACUCCAUGAACAACCCCAAUGACCCCUUUGUCACCAACAUUAAGAAAUUUCUUCAGUUUAGUUUCCUGAGUCCUGUGUUCUUACUCUUAGUGUUGUUCCCCUUUGUUAUACCUGUGCUGGAAAAGAUGAAGGUGGCUCUGUUACCCUCAGAUGUCAUGGAUUUCUUCAAGAAUGUCUUCACAAAAAUAAAGAAGGAACGGGAGAAGGGCAGCAGCACAGACCGGGUGGAUUUCCUGCAGCUCAUGAUUGAAUCGCAGAAGUCACAUGAUGGCUCCAAGUCUGCUGAGACCAACUUGGACAAAACAUUAAGUGAUGAGGAAGUUCUGGCCCAGGCUCUUAUCUUUGUCUUUGCUGGUUAUGAGACCACCAGCUCCACCCUCAGCUACAUAGCCUACAACCUGGCCACCCACCCUGAUGUGCAGCAGCGACUCCAGGACGAGGUCGAUGCACACCUGCCUAACAAGGCCUCUCCCACAUACAACGCCAUCAUUCAGAUGGAGUACUUGGACAUGGUGGUGAGCGAAUCCAUCCGGCUCUACCCCACCGGGGGCCGGCUUGAGAGGGUCUGCAAGAAGACUGUGGAGCUCAAUGGAGUGACUAUUCCAGAGGGAAUGGUGGUCCUGAUCCCAGCCUUCGUGCUGCACCGGGACCCACAGUACUGGCCAGAGCCGGACGAGUUCAGGCCUGAGAGGUUCAGUAAAGAGAGCAAAGAGGGUAUUGACCCCUACACCUUCCUGCCAUUUGGGGCAGGCCCCAGGAACUGCAUAGGGAUGAGGUUUGCUCUCCUUGUUGUGAAAGUGGCUGUGGUUGUCCUGUUGCAGAACUUCUCAUUCAGACCCUGCAAAGACACACCGAUGAGGAUCUGUGGUGAUAUCCCACUGGACCUGGACUCGAAAGGUUUCAUGCAGCCAAAGAAGCCCAUUGUCCUGAAGAUGGUCCCCAGAGCCCAGGCUGACCUGAAGAAGUGA